AUGGAGAGGCCGGCGGCGCGGGAGCUGCAGGGCGCCGACGCGCUGCGCCGCUUCCAGGGGCUGCUGCUGGACCGCCGCGGCCGGCUGCACGGCCAGGUGCUGCGCCUGCGCGAGGUGGCCCGGCGCCUCGAGCGCCUCCGCCGGCGCUCCCUGGCGGCCAACGUGGCGGGCAGCUCGCUGAGCGCCGCGGGCGCCGUGGCCGCCAUCGUGGGGCUCUCGCUCAGCCCGCUCACCCUGGGGGUCUCGCUGGUGGCGUCGGCCGUGGGGCUGGGGGUGGCCACCGCCGGAGGGGCCGUCACCAUCACGUCCGACCUCUCCCUGAUCUUCUGCAAUUCCCGGGAGUUGCGCCGGGUGCAGGAGAUCGCCGCCGCCUGCCAGGACCAGAUGCGCGAGAUCCUGAGCUGCCUGGAGUUCUUCUGCCGCUGCCAGGGCCGCGGGGACCGCCAGCUGCUGCAGUGCGGGCAGAACGCCUCCAUCGCCCUCUACAACUCUGUCUACUUCAUCGUCUUCUUCGGCUCACGUGGCUUCCUCAUCCCCAGGCGGGCCGAGGGGGCCACCAAGGUUAGCCAGGCCGUGCUGAAGGCCAAGAUUCAGAAACUGGCCGAGAGCCUGGAGUCCUGCACCGGGGCCCUGGACGAACUCAGCCAGCAGCUGGAGUCCAGAGUCCAGCUCUGCACGAAGGGCGGCCGUGGCCACGACCUCAAGAUCUCUGCGGACCAGCCCGCGGGGCUGUUUUUCUGAGAACAUCCUUUCCCCCUUGUGACCGAGGCCAGAAACCAUCCCCAUGGGAUGCUCCAGAUUUGUAGCUCCCUCAGGAAAACACCAAGUUGGAUUAGGAGCUGAAUUGAAUGCAAAGGAUGAGAAAAACUGUUCUUGAAAUUGGGGGAAGGAGGGAGUCACAGACCUUCUUUCCCUAACACUAGGACAUCCUGCCUGGGGCUGAAUGCUAGGGACUUUUUACUUGCCAUAUCCUGUGGGACAUGUGACCCGAAAAUUAUUUUUCCUUUAUCAAAACGAUUCAGUCUCCGCAACGGUGGGCGCUACUCUAUUAAAGUUGUUUCAGGGUCCCUGCCACAGUGCAGGUGGUUUGAGCAGGUUGGGGAGGGUGCCAUGCAGCCACCCUCUGGGUCCUCUCCAAGCCCCAGUAGGCUUUGAGGUCCUCAGAAUGCCUGUGAGAGGAGACACUAGCUUUGAAACCUCUCUUUCAGAGUUUCUGAGUGUAAAAGAACUCCAGAAUCCAGAGCAAAUCACACCCCCUCUGAACGGGCAGGGCUCAUGACCCAAGAGGGUCCUCUCCCACUGAUGUGCCCUUCCUUCCCCUCUACUUGUACACAUUCACAAAUCCAGCCUGGGGCAGAGUGCAUCUUCCUGGGUGGGGGAGGGAAUCAUAUCCAGACCUCCAGAUACUCUGGGAGAAAAACCAACUAAACGGUCCUCUAAUUCCUGCCCCCUUGCAACAAGAAGCAGAGGCCGAGGAAGAUGAAGUGUCUAACAGCUUCAUUUACUGACAUUCUGGUGUACAGAAGAGAGCAGUGGCUUGGAGUGAGACAGUGCUGGGUUUGUUACUGGCUCUGUUGCUGCUGUGUGACCUUGGUCAGUUCAUUUCUCCGAGACUUGGCUUCCUGGUCUGUAGAACAGAUGCUAAACCCUCACCCUGUUGCGAGGUAUUAAGUGAGAUUAAGGUGCCAAGGGCAGUGUCUGGCUCACGAAGUGCAGGCCCCUGGACUGGCAACGUUAGAAUCACCUGGGAACUUGUUAGAAAGGCAAAUUCUUGGACCCAACUGUCAACUUAAGGGAUCCUAAACCGGAGGUGGGGCCCAUCAACCUGUGUGUAAGCAAGCCCAUGGGGCGGGGGGUGGGGGGAGUGAUUCUGAUACCUAUUAAGGUUUGAAAAUCACCGCAGCAGAUACUGGUAUCCGACCCCCUUGUGGACAUUCAUGAAGUUUUAUGGCCUCUCUAGGGGCUCCGUGGUCUUCAGAGUCAUUCACAGAAGGUCAAGGACAGACAGUGUCCCAAAAGCAAAAGAAAGAAUGUGUUUGUGCGUGAGAUACGUCAGUGCAUCCUGGGGCAAUUUCCCACCAUGUGAAGUAAGGGAUAUAACAUAAUAACCCCUUUAGAGGGCAGUGUUGCCCAAUCAUUGUAGAAACUGGUACCCGAAGGACUGUGAACUUAAUGCAAAUUGACCUUUGUUACCUUCUGUGAAAACCGCAAGACCAUGUAUUGUGUUUUUAAUUUAUUUUAAGUUUGUUAUUUAAUUACCGUUUAUUAUUUGCAUUUAAUUUUAUUUAAUCAUCACACCACAUUUAGGAAGUAAUAGGAAUAGCAGACUUCUGAAUGGGAGACUAUGGACGCUCUUUUAAGGAGAUGAGGUUGAGUUUGCCUUCGUCAGGUGGCUCAUGAGCUGGGAAAAGCAUCGCUCUCCUUGAAUAAGUCUCUCUCCGUCAGAGGGGACUUUCAUUCCCCAGCAAAGGUGGGAAGUUCUGAACAGAGAGAUGGGGCCAAAUUUAAGCUUAUCAGUGGAGGUUUGACUUGCGGCUCUAGAAAUGAUGCAAGCAUAUUUAUCCUGAAGGCAGUUGGCCAGCAAAUAACACUUGAUCUGAAAAGUGAACCUGUUUUAUUCAGGGGAGAACCCCAAUUUAGAGGCACGUGAAGGAAACACUCAGACCAUGGGAAGUCUGAUGUCCUGUGAAGUUAUGUCUUAGGGAUGACAGACAAAAUAGCUUGUGUCAUGGUGGCGAUGUGUCAUAUUUUCACCUUGAGAUCUGUAAGGAAUCUGUAAGCUGUCUCUAAGAAAAUACGUAUAACUUUUUCAAUUUCCAUUCCUACAACUGUAAUGCUAAAAAAUAUGUCGAAAAGUCUUUGGGACCACACAUGCAAUACUUGGCUGUGUUAUUUAAUUAUUUAACAUGCUUUAAAUUUAUCCAGUCUACCCCCAUCUUUCCCAAAUGAUAGCCGAGUGUCUGAGGAACUGUACUUUCAGUGCUGGGGGAAGGGGUUAGUGGUUGUAUAUUUUUAUUUUUACCACAAAUUGCAAUUGCUCUGUAUCCUGGUUUCUUUUGAAGUUGGUACUGGUUUCUUUUUAAACUGGUGUCGUUUCUUAGGCUACCUUGCACAGAUAGCUAGCAUUGUAGAUCACCAGAAUGUGCUUUGCAUUGUUGUUUGUGUUAUAUCACACAGGUACAACCACUCCCUAACUCCAGCUUUUGUUAAAGCUUAAGUUUGAGUUAUAGUCUUCCAGUGGGUAGGUUGUUCCUUCCCUAAAAAUAAACUGGGCAUUUCAGGAAGCAGCAAUAGCAAACUUUUCCUAUCAUUAGGGUACUUCCUAUCACUAGGGGAUAUCAAAGUCAUAAACUCCCAGUUAUCAUUUCAGUGGCCCUCUUUACACCUAAGGAAGAGUGUCUACUUUGCAACAACACUCCGCACAUAAUAGGAGCACAAUAAAUGCAUUUGAAUAAUUUAAUGAACUGUUUAGCUACAUUAAUAGGAAUUUGUCGAUAAUGAAAGCUUAUCCACCCUCUUAUGUGUCUGUUAUAAAGAUUGGAGCCUCUACCAGGAUUUAGUCAAUUUCAGUUAAAUGGAUCCUAGAGAUAAAUUUUUAUUUAUUUCUUUUGUGGGAAUGUGAAUAAGGCUUUUCCUUAAGGCCUUCAUUCUAUAAACAAACAGAUUGAAAUGGUAUGUUGUAAAAGGAAGAAGGGAGAGGAGUAUUUGGAUUAUAAGUGUAUUUCAGGAAAAUGUCCGAGUUUGAAAAAUAAAAAUUUGGUACUCGGGUCUAAGUGUGACUGUUAGUUUCUUGGGUUUCUAAUUGUUCGGAUUGUUUUUUUUCCCCCACAAAAAAAGGAGGUUUAUUUAGCUCUGCAUUUCAAGGAUUCAGUAAAACUAUGUUUUACUCUCUAAAAAAAAUGGUCCUUAGCAAAUAUUCUGAUCUUAAUCACUUUGAUGCAUUUGCCCUCAGUCACCUGUCAUUUCCAAGAUGGCAAAUGUCAAAGUCGAAAGUAUUUACUGAGAGAAAAAAGAGAAGAGUGCUGUAGAAGCCACCCUAUAUCAGAUAAGUUAAAGUCAGUCAACUUGAUAUAUUUCUCAUUCAAUACCUUAGUGUGAAAAGAAAGUAGAGGGAAGUGAGACAUUGAGAUAAAAACAUUGCGCACAGAUAAAUGGGGAUACAGUUCAAUGCAGCGAUUUCUGAAUUCCACAUUUUUUCCCACUGUAGCAAAAUAAGUUCUUUCCUUUCAUUGAAAUAAAUUACCCAUUCCUCAGACUUCUUGACCUUUCUGUAACUAAUUACCUAAUCUCAUGUCUGCCUGUGUAUGAAUUAAUAACUUUGAAAAGGGGCAGAUGUGUAAUUAUUUUCACUUAGAAUAUUCCAUAUCAAGCUGUAUAAUUUUUAAAAAGUAAUCAACUCGUAUUACAGGAAUUUUCUUAUUAUCUAGAAGUCUCAGCAAGUUUCAAAGCCUUUGGACACAAUUACAAUCUGGGAAGUAAUUGAAAAGAAACCUAGAAUCAGCCAAAUCAGCCUUCACAAAAGCCAAGCACUAGAAAAAGGCAGAAAGGAAGGGUGAGGGGCAGGAUCUCUAUGAGGAAGGCAAAACUGUCCCAGAAAUUUCCAGGAGAUUUUACCUUGCAAAUAGCUGAUCUUGACCAUGGGAGGCCUGUUUUAGCUACAAAUUUGCUGCUCCAAAUAUACCUAGGAUUCUUUUGCAAAGAAGAAAAGGAGGCUGGACAUCGAGUGAGAGGUCCAGCAAUCUAAGCAAAGAGUCUGUAAUGGUUGCUGCAAUCUUUUGAGAACUUCUGUCCUGGAGGUGAUCUCUGAGUGCCAGCCUCUGAGUCUCCACCUUGGAAACACCCCUGGGGCUGAAUGUUGCGUUAUUAAUGACUGUGCAACCAAAAAA